CUUCUUUUUAUUGCUUCGACUGCUUCGACGUCCAUUUUGCUCUUCAUACAAUCUCAUACAUCCUCUGUUGUCAUUGAAGACUAGGCCAAAGGUCUCGCAAGAGAAGAAAUCAGGAUGCAACACUUUGGCACAGCCAUGCCGGCCAGAUCCCCAUUGCCAGACUCGUCGGCCCUUGAGGCGGGCAUCAUAGAAGACGAACGCCCAUCAAGACUAUCACGCGUUCAGGACAACGUUCGCAAUCUCCUUCGAACGUCAGUAUUGGGAUCAGUAGCAAACUCCCCCACAACACCUAUCCAUGAUCGACGACAGGUGACAGCGACCGUCAACUCGCCCGCACUCCGGCCGGUUGAGCGAGACCAACCACUGCGUUCACACCCGCCGUCACCAACCCUAGGACUCAGAUCUCCAAGACGACCUGCUCAAACGCGAUUCCCAGUUACAGCACGACCAGAAACUAUGCCUAGUCCAGCUGACUCCAGCACAUCUGUGAGCACCUCCCAUUCUGAGGAUAUGAGAAAUUUCCCUUGUCCGCCCUCAAACCAUCAGCGAAACAUUCAACACACGGCUCAUCGGUCUACACUGUUCAAUACUCGAGCAGUGGCGGCAUUGAAUCAUCCGGACCUGAGCGAAUUUACUGUCUCGGACUUAUCUCAGCAAAAGAUCAGACACGGGCAGCAGCACCGAAGAGCCUGGGCCAGACAUCGGGCCAGUUCUCAUGGCUCGGGAAACUUGCGUGGGAGACACAAGCGUCGAACAAACCGGGCAGCAGGUUCGACUGGGCUGUUGUGCUUCUUGGCUGCUUUUCUGUUGGCUGCUUUGGUGGCAACCUGUAAGUACUCGCGUGGCAACAGCAGCGUGACAACUUUGCUGACAGGACCCAGACAUCUCUCUCGCCAUGAACGUGACCGGACUUAAUACGACAUUCCACGUGUUGUUCGUAUUGGGCAUAUUACUGGCUACCAUUAUAUUCUCGCACGCUCUCAUUCGCGUCAUACUGUACAGCAGGGGAAGGAACAGUGGCCGUCCGGCAUUUGUGAGAGUGACUAGGGAAGGUCACCGACGAAGAAACCGCCAUCAUCACGACCACCUACAUCCGCAUGUUCGACGGAUCCCCACUCUGGCCGGCGAGCAUGAAGAACCUUUCGUACCGCCGAUGCCAAUCGAGGUGCACGUAUCUAAUGAUGAAGUCCGAGCAGAUCCCAUUGUGGACAGUCUUGCCACUAUCACACAGACACCUCAGGACUGGGACAAAGAUGCUCCAAAGCUCGCCAAUCCGCCGCCUGCGUAUGGGCGCUGGAGAGAUAGUGUUCGCGCCAAUCCGGAUCUGCUCCACUGGGUUCCCUCUCCAAUAAGUCCAAUCACGCCAGUGCUCCCGUCGCCCACAUACGAAGAAGCUAUGGCAGCUGGCGCUGAUGACAGGCGAAGCAAUCCACCAAGUUAUGUUACCAGAGAAAGUCCGGCACGGCAGAGAGAAAUGCAGGCAGCGCGAACCCGUGCCGAGAGCUUGGCAGUUGUGGAACCAGAGAUGUUCGAAGUGCGAGGAAGUAAUAGUCCAGGCGCUGGCGCCGGACGGAGAGGUGUUGGAGAGGCCUUUUAGAGCAGAGAUACCCCCGGCAUCCAACUCGUAAAGAUGAUGCAUUGAGCUUUUGCGCUUGUAGUCGUACCGUAUAGACAGACCGCGGCGCGGUGUCCCAUACAGCUGCGCGUUCCUUUCCACCCCAGCACAUCUUGUCUCUUUUCAUCUCAUCCUGAUCUCUGCUUGAAGUCUUCUUCAUCACCGCUUCGCAUCUGGCUCGACAUGUCUUCCCUUUUUAUCUCUCCCUUCCGUAGACGGCAGACCCUUUGAAUCUUUAUCCCACCACUCUUUCCAAAACUUCUCGUCUUCUUUCCGCUUUGCCUCUUUUUGUUCUCGUUCUCUCCGCCUGUCGUCCAGUGUCGCGAACCAUUCCUCUCGUGCAGCGUCCUGUUCAGCUUGCGUGGCAUACAGCAUCAUACAGUUGUUCAUGGCCUUUUGCUCUUUACGGCACAUGAUAGUGGCCGUGAAGGUGCGCGACGUGCAGCAUGCUGCGAAUUCUCGCACUUCAUCGGCGCAUUUUUGGCGGACACGCUUGUGGUAUAAUUCGCGUACUUGCGACUCUUGUGAGGAGGAAAGGGGUAGAGGCGAGCGUGAGGGAUUGGGAACGAUAGGUGCACUCCUGGAAGUCGGUGAGGUGGAAGACAUCAUUGUAACCAUAGCAUGGUGGUGAUCAUCA